CUAGCUGAAGAUAUCCCUACAGCAACAGGGUUGGCAUUGCCACCAUGGGUACCCCUAAUUCCCCAAAGCCUUUGUUGGCCCCCACCCAACCCCGAGGGGCCAGGGUGAGGGUGCAGCCCCGUGCCUGUAUCUCGCCUUUGCUCCAGCGCUGACUCAUGGCCCCACGUGCCGCUUUGCGCAAGAGCCGCGCUGGCAGGCAGACUCUGCCCGGGCGGCUGCCGCCAUCCUGGUCCCGGCCAAAGGGCAGGCGCAGCCCUUGCGUAAAGGCAGCCGUGCCGGGGCGCUGGCUCACCGCUGUGCCGGAGCUGAGCCCGGGAGGCUGGACCGUGCUCCUUGCAAAGAUGGAUUAUGCCAAGUCCCUGAGCCUGCGCCUGGCUGCCCCUGUCUCCAAAUGUGUCUCGGCAAGUGCCUCCAUGACCCAGCAGCUACUGUCGAGCCCGGCCCCGCGACCCCGACCCUACCGCGUCUGCAACUGGGACCGCAGCCUGCGCAAGGGCAUCAUGGCACAGAGCCUCGCCGAGCUGCUGCGCCAGGCUCAGAGCGCCCUGCUCGCCCCGGGUCCCGUCUCGCUGGUGCUGGAUGAGGAUGGCACCGCGGUGGAGACGGAGGCUUUCUUCCGGACGCUGGAGGAGGGAACGGUGCUGAUGGCCCUGAGCAAGGGGCAGACUUGGGCUCCCUCCAAGACGCCUGGCUACCAGCUAAGCCUGUCCCGCAAGCCCGCUCGGAGGAUCGACGUCGCCUGCAUCACCUUCGACCUCUACAAGACCAGCCCGCAGGACCUGGGCUGCCUCAAUGUCAAAGCCACGCUCUACGGCACCUACAGCAUGUCCUACGACCUGCGCUGCUACGGGGCCAAGCGGCUGAUGAAGGAAGCCCUGCGCUGGACGCUCUUCACCAUGCAGGCCACCGGCCACGUCCUGCUUGGCACCUCUUGCUACAUGCAGCAGCUCCUGGAUGCCACGGAGGAACCGAAGGAGACGGAGAGCAGCCCAGCGCUGCGAAGCCCCCUGCCCUGCAGCCUCCCACCCCUGCCCCGCAGGAAGACGCUGCAGUGAGCGUUGGGUGCCCUGUCCCGUCCCCCCCCUCCUCUGUCUACUCCCACCCGAUCCCUGGGGGUCCCAGCACCCCGCUAGGUCAAUGCCUGGGGAGAGGCUGCCACGGUGCCUAGCACAGCCUCUCCUUGCACCCCGCUGGCUGAGCGCGUGGCCAGCUCUUCUCUGUAAUAUCUGCUGCUCUGUAAAUAUAUUUAUUUAAGUAAAGCUCUGCUGCCUUCA